UAUGUGUAAAAUAACAUUAAUAGAAUCACUCAGUAAGUAAGGGUAUCAUAUUUAUUCCAGAAAACCAGAAGAUGAAUCCAGUAAAAGGUACAUUUUAUCAUGUGAGUGUGGGAUGCCAUUUGUUAGAGAAGGUAUUGAGUUUGCCAUAAUUAAACUAAAGGGCCAGAGUUUUAUGUUGCAUCAAAUCAGGAAAAUGAUUGGACUUUCCAUAGCAAUAAUGAGAGGAUUAGCCAACACUGAGACCUUGAAGAAAGCUUGGAGUCCACAAAGGAUUGACAUUCCUAUAGCUCCUGCUUUAGGGUUAAUGCUGGAGGAGAUUCAUUACGAUAAGUACAACAAAAAGUAUGGGGGUGAUGGAAUUCAUGAGGCUCUAUCGUGGGAAGAAUACCAACCAGUUAUUCAGAAGUUUAAAGAAGAUUUCAUCUAUCCAACAAUUAUAGAGACAGAGAAAACUGAGAAAAGUAUGUUGAGCUGGUUGGAAACCCUAGUGUUACACACUUACGAUAUUCGGGAACAGGGACCUCCAGAAGAAAAACCUUCACCUUCUCCGUAUGUUUCUGUUUUGAUGAAGAUAAGGAAUAAUGAGGAAAAUGAACCACAAAAUGGAGAAGAACAAGACACCAGAUAAGCACGACUGUGGACCAAGAUGAAGAAACAAUGUUAUACAAACUUCUGAAAUGCAGCUGGUUACUGAGACUGAAGUUAAUUUUCCUUUGAAACAUAAACAUGAUUGUCUAGUAUGAUACAGGCUUCAAAUGUUAAGAGCAUCAGUUUUAUGGUGUUCUUAAGUAAUGCUCCAGUAGGAUUAUGUAAACUUACCUAAAAAUAUUAAAAAUGUGUCUGCUGCAUUUCAA